AUGGAUGAUCACUUGAAACAAUUGGAGGAAAAGAUGCUUGAGCAAUCAAGAAGGGUAGAGAGUCAAUCUGCUCAGAUUGAAGAUGAAUCAAAGAAGCUGGAUGGAUUGAUGAAUUUGCUGCUGGAGAUGAAGAAUCAAAUGAGGGAUUCUAGUUCUGAAAACAGCAAAUACAAUGAAACUCCAAAAGAUGGUAAUGCUUCUAAGACUUUUGGGUAUAAUCCAAAGAUUUCAUUUCCAAAAUUUGAUGGCUCUAAUAGUAGAGUUUGGAUUAAGAAGUGCAAAUCCUACUUAGAUAAUUUUGAAGAUCUUAAGUUUGAUGUCUUGAAUACUCAUCAUGGCUUGCCUGAGGAGUUUGUAUUAGAAAGCUUUAUUGGUGGUUUGAACCCUACUGUAAAACCCCUUGUAAGAGCUUUUAAACCCACUACUAUAGCUGAAGCUGUUGAGUUUGCUAGACUCCAAGAAGAACAAAUAGUAGCAUUCACACAAAGACCAUACACAACCAAACACAUUCCUUACUCACAAAAAGCUAUUCAAGCUGUGCCAGUAAACACAAACAAACCCUUCAAUUCUGGUUUACCUGCUUUAUUACCCACCCCUAGCACAAAACCCACCAGUAGUCAACUUACUAAAUUUAACCCAAGGGAACCCCAACUGUUUACUGUGGAAAUUUCCAGUAGUAAUGAGGAUAAAGACUCAACUGAAAGUGAGGAUGAAGGGGAUGAGCUAGAUAGUACUGGAGUUGCUGAGCCUAUUCUAUCUCUCAAUGCACUUUCUGGAAAUCAAAAUUUUCAGACUAUGAGAGUCACAGGCACUAGGAAUAACAAGAUGUUUCAUGUGUUAGUGGAUUCUGGAAGUACUCAUAACUUCCUUGGUCUUGAACUAGCUAAAAAGUUAGGCUGUGAAAUUGAAUCCAUACCUUCUCAAGGUAAAACUUUUACAGCUGACAUGAUGCUCAUUGUGUUGGGGGGUUGUGACAUGGUUUUAGGUGUUCAAUGGUUAGCUACACUAGGUCCUAUAUGUUGGGAUUUUAAGGCUCUAUUAAUGGAGUUCACAAUUGAUGGAGGGCAGUUUGUAUUGAAAGUAAGGGAUGUUUCUUUCAUGUCUUUGCACAAGGCAGAAUUCCAGCAACCUAGUUCAGAUGAGUUAGAAACUCUAAAAUACAAGCAUAGUGAUAUUUUUGCAGAUCCUAUAGAGUUGCCACCUCAUAGGGGGGUGUUUGACCAUACUAUACCCCUGGAACCUAAUGCUAGACCAGUUAACAUUAGACCUUAUAGAUAUCCAUUGAAGAAAAGGGAUGUAAUUGAGCAGUUGGUUCAAGAUAUGCUUGAGAGAGGAGUAAUACAGAACAGUGCUAGUCCAUUUGCUUCACCAGUUGUUUUGGUAGGAAAGAAGGAUGGUACUUGGAGGCUUUGUGUGGAUUAUAGAGAACUGAACAAUAGGACUAUUAAGAACAAAUUUCCUAUACCAGUGAUUGAUGAGUUGAUAGAUGAAUUGGUUGGUGCUGCAGUUUUUAGUAAGCUGGAUCUAAGGGCAGGUGUAUUCAAACCAUUACUCAGGAAGUGUGUUCUGGUUUUCUUUGAUGAUAUUCUUGUAUACAGCAGAGAUAAAGAACAGCAUUGGGGACAUCUGGCUCGGGUUUUUGAAUUGAUGAGGAUGCAUCACAUGUAUGCUAAGGCCAGCAAAUGCAGCUUUGCUAUUCAUAAAUUAGAGUAUUUAGGCCAUUUCAUCUCUGCCAAUGGGAUAGAAACUGAUCCAAAUAAGAUUGCUGCUGUGGAAAGUUGGCCAGUACCUAAAUCAGUUAAAGAAUUAAGAUUUUUUUUGGGGUUAGCUGGGUAUUAUAGAAAAUUUGUUAUGCAUUACUCUUUGAUUAGAAAGCCUCUCACUGAUCUUCUUAAAAAAGGGGCAUUUUCUUGGUCUGAUGAAGCUCAAACUGCUUUUCUUUCCCUUAAGAAAGCUUUGAUCACUGCUCCUGUACUAGCAGUGCCGGACUUUGCAAAGCCAUUUAUAGUAGAAACAAAUGCAUCCAAUACUGGUAUUGGUGCAGUGUUGAUGCAGGAGAAUCAACCAAUUGCUUUCAUCAGUAGAGCAUUGGGACCAAAGUGGCAAAGACUGUCUGUCUAUGAAAAAGAAUUGUUAGCCAUAGUGUUUGCUGUUCAAAAAUGGGAACAAUACCUGUUGAGUUCCCACUUCACUAUCAGAACUGAUCAAAGAAGUUUAAAGUGGUUGUUGCAGCAAAAAGUUUCCACUCCUUUCCAACAAUUCUGGUUGUCAAAAUUAAUGGGUUUUGACUAUGAUAUUCAGUAUAAAUCUGGAAAAGAGAACCUGGCAGCUGAUGCUCUUUCAAGGGUGCCUGGAGCUUCUAUUCUCUGGUACACUAUCCAAGAUGAGAUGUUAAGAAAGAAAGGGAAACUGGUUUUAGGACCUAAUAUGGGAUUGACUACUGAUGUUAGGAGAUUUGUCAGACAAUGUACUCAAUGCCAAUCUGCUAAGUAUGAUGCUGCUGCAAGUCCUGGCAAAUAUGUUAUCUUUGUAGUGGUGGACAGACUUAGCAAAUACAGUCACUUUAUGGCCCUUUCCCAUCCUUAUACUGCCAUUCAGGUAGCUCAAGUUUAUCUUGAUCAUGUAUUCAAGUUGCAUGGCUGGCCAAGGAGCAUUGUAAGUGAUAGAGAUCCAGUUUUUCUUAGCCAGUUCUGGAAAGGCUUAUUUAGUCUACAUGGUACUGAGUUCAAGCUAUCCUCUUCAUAUCAUCCAGAAACUGAUGGACAAACAAAAGUAGUAAACAGGUGUUUGGAGACUUAUUUGAGAUGCAUGUGUAGUGAUCAACCCAAGGAGUGGUCUGCUUGGUUACCCUUGGAUGAGUGGUGGUAUAACACUCAUUUUCACUCAUCAACUCACCUCACUCCUUAUGAAAUUGUGUAUGGGCAACCACCCCUUUACAUCUUCCUUAUCUUCCUGUCUGAUAAACAAAGAUCAGAUAGAACAUUUGUGAUUGGUGACUGGGUUUGGCUCAAACUCCAGCCUUAUAGGCAAACUACAGUUCAGCACAGGCAUAACCAGAAACUAUCACCUAAAUACUAUGGUCCUUUUCAAGUAGCUGCUAUAAUUGGUAAAGUUGCUUAUAAGUUAAAGUUGUCAAAUUCAGCUCAGAUUCAUAAUGUCUUUCAUGUCUCUCAGCUGAAGAAAUUCCAUGGCACUUUACCACUAGCUACUCAUAUUCCCCACUGGCUACAUGGUCAGCAAUCUUCUGAGCUUCCAAUACCUAUUGCUGUACUUGAUAAACGCAUUGUGAAGUUUCAGAAUCAUGCCCAAGUUUAG